GAAAUUAAAGAAGUCAUUGAUGAAACUUCCUCUGUAGUUUCAAUUGGUCACAGAAAUCUUUGAUGGUUCAAUUUUUUAAUUCAAUUGAAGUAAAGCUGUCUGAUCCUGAAACUUCAUAUCUCCUUGUUAUAUUGAUCUUUUUUCUUCUGUGUUGCUGCCUUACCUUACUCUUGCAACUUUCUCCUCAAGCAGUUUCCAUUGAAGCAAUCAAGCAUCGUCUUCUAUCAUUAUCUCCACAUCUUCCAGCUAGCAAAACUACCAAAUCCUUUGGAAAUAAAAAAAAAAAAAACUGGUCCUUGAUUUUUCCUUUACAGAUCCAUACAGCUUUUGAAGAUCCAUCUCAAGUGAGGAGCACCAACAAGAACAAGCUUCCCAUGAGUCUUCAACAGCCCAAUCAAAGGUAGCAAAGGGUUUUUGAGCAGAUACUGUCGAGAGGUUUCGAUUUUUACCGAAUGGUGUUGCGACAACUCUGCCUCAACUCUGCAACAAAAUUGAAGUUCAAUCAAGUUAAUUAGGAUCUUUAAUACAAAGUAGGCAAAUAAUUCUUUUAAUCAUAGAUGCCAACAGAAAGAAUGGACCAGAAAUUAAAAGAGAAAAAUCAGUAGCUUCCACUAACACAAUUGUGAAAGAAACUGGAAAAAAAGCUUU